AUUUGAUAACAGGAGAGACAUUGACACUUCGAAAUAAAUAAAAAUAGCUAUAAAAAUCGAUAUUUGUGUGAUAAAUGCUUACAAUUUGAUAAAAAAAAGUGUUCAAAUAUUGCAUUUUUUUUAUAUAAUUAAGUUAAUAAUGAAUAUAAGGAAAAUCUUACCGCGAGUGUAUGGACAUCUUGUAUCGAGUUUAAAUACUUCCACUCCAUGUUGUGCCACAGUAAGGCUACAACAUGGUAAGAGUGAUGUCAAUGAACAUAGAGCUAAAGUUAUGGCUCGAGGGCUGCCGGAGAAGAAACCACUACCUAAAGUUAAGAGUAUAAUACUGGUUGCAUCUGGGAAAGGAGGUGUGGGGAAGACAACUACAGCUGUGAAUCUCGCAUGUGCAAUGAAAGUUAUAGAACCUGAUAAAGAGAUAGGACUGCUGGAUGCAGAUGUGUUUGGGCCUUCGGUUCCUCUCAUGAUGAACAUCAGCGGGGAGCCCAUGCUGAAUGAUGAUAAUCUCAUUGAACCCCUUCUCAACUAUGGUGUUAAAUGUAUGUCUAUGGGACUACUGGUGUCUGGUGAAAACGCAGUGGUGUGGCGCGGGUUGAUGGUGAUGCAGGCUCUGGAGAGACUCACUCGACAAGUGGCCUGGGGGCCACUCGACUGCCUCAUUGUGGACACACCCCCUGGCACCGGGGACACCCAUUUGUCGCUUGCACAGAAUCUACCGAUUGAUGGAGCAAUAGUUGUUACAACACCCCAAUCUGCUGCUUUACAAGUUACUAAGCGAGGGGUUAACAUGUUUGAUAAACUCAAAGUACCCAUAAUUGGAAUGGUCGAAAACAUGUCACAUGCAAUCUGUCAUAAGUGUGGAACGAAAAAUUUCGUAUUCGGCAAUGAAACCAAAACAGCAGCAGAACAGAUGGGGCUCCAGAUUAUUGAGAGCUUCGAAGUUGACUCAAAUAUGUCCGAAUGCAUAAACAGCGGCAAACCAGCCAUAUAUGCACUGCCAGACAGCACUCAUGCAGAAAAGUACAGACAGCUGGCAAAUAAAGUGUUCAAAUAUAUUUCCGAUAAAGACAAAUCAGAAGCUGAGGCGACCAAGCAGUAGACCUACAUAAAAUAUUUACACGUAAUUGUUGUAUUUUGUUUAUUAUUCAUAAAUACUUUACAAAUAAAUCUGUUAUAAAAAGAUGUUGUUUUACUUACAAAAUUAUAUAUUACAUGGCAAAAUGCGACUAUCCCGAGCCUUGUACUGAAAUAGGUUACGAAAAAAAGAAAUAAAAAUAUGAUGUCAUAUUUAUUUAGAGCAUAUUUCACUUAUGAUUCUGACUAUUCUUUAUGAGCGAACCUUAAAAAUAAA